GGUUUUCCCUCAACAAGAUAAACCUAUUGCAAACUCUGGAGUCAAAUUUAUCACGCCGAUCCCUUGAUAUCCACCCGUCUACGGAAGCAUGGCAAUUGUUCAACACCAUGAUGGCCGAGCUCGGCCGGAUCUCGCCCAGUCCAAGCCUGGGAAUCUUCUCCACAUCCGCACUGGCUCCACACUAAGUGUCCGCCGCGACUCUAUCCGUCUCCACGUGCCCAUUUUUAAAGGGGCAAAUCCUGGGAUCUGGCCACCGCUAUCGAAAAAGACUACAAGCGCAAAGGGACAAGCUCCAGGAACCCCCGUGCGAGCUACAAUUACAAAUCGGCCUCCAAAUGCCCAUUGAAAAGAUGAGCUGUCCAGGAAAAUUGUCUUCAGAUUCUACCGUCCCAUUCCUCGAAAGAUGCCUCACAGCACCAUCACCCCCCGGAGGUUGAACAGCGAGGCUUUAUCCCAUCUCCCGAGAGAAGUCCAAAUCCCGAGAUACGACAGGACCAACGUCAAGCACGGCAUCGUCCACAUUGGAGUGGGCGGUUUCCACAGAGCGCAUCUUGCGUACUAUGUAGACUGUCUCCUCAGUCAGUUCGACCUCUCCGAGUGGUCGAUAUGCGGCGUUGGACUCCAGCCCUUCGAUGCCUCCAUGCGGGAUGCAUUGGUUCCUCAGGACUACCUCUACACACUGCUUGAGCGUGCCGCAGAAGGCAGCACAGCCCGCGUCAUUGGCAGUAUAACCGACUACAUAUUCGCCCCGGGAAACAGCGAGGCGCUGAUUUCCAAGCUGGCACAUCCAAACACGCACAUUGUCUCGUUGACCAUCACCGAGAGCGGCUACUACUACAACGAGAACACGCACGAAUUGGAGGUCGAGGAUCCAAAUAUCGUCGCAGACCUUACCACCGAUGGACCUCCCCGUACCACCUUUGGAUACCUCACCGCCGCCCUCGGACGCCGCUUCCGGGCCGGUUUGAAGCCCUUCACGGUCAUGUCCUGCGACAACCUAUCGGCAAAUGGCAACAUAUCGAGGAAGAUGCUGAUAUCCUUUGCGCGUCUGAAGGACCCUGAGAUGGCUCGCUGGCUCGAGGCCGAGGGUGCCUUCCCCAACAGCAUGGUCGACCGGAUCACACCCAGAACCGUGGAAAGCGACAUGACCUUCUUGUCGUCGGAAUUCGGCAUCGAAGACGCAUGGCCCGUAGUCACCGAGCCAUUCAGCCAAUGGGUCGUAGAAGACCAAUUCAGCGACGGACGUCCCCCCUUCGAAAAAGUCGGUGUCCAGGUCGUCCCUACGUUCCAUGACGUGGAACGCUUCGAGCUCAUCAAGUUGCGUUUGCUCAACGCCAGUCAUUCAUCCAUCGCCUACCUGGCUUAUCUAGCCGGCUUCGAGUACGUGCAUGAAGUCAUCCGAGAUGCGCGGUUUCAAACGUACAUCCGGGGAAUGAUGCAGGAAGAGGUCAAGCCUCUCUUGCCACAGGUCCCCGGCGUCGACAUUGACGACUACUGCAACACGCUGCUUCGCCGCUUCGCCAACCCGGCCCUCAAGGACGAGGUGACCCGCUUGUGUUUGGGCGGCUCGGGCAAGUUCCCUCAGUUCAUCAUGCCUUCGAUCGCCGAGCAGAUCAUGAUUGGGUCCGGCUCCCUCCGCCGCCUGGCGCUGAGCGUCGCGGCAUGGUUCCGCUACCUCAACGGCGUCGAUGAGAAGGGUCAGGAAUACAAGAUCAACGAUCCCAUGGCCGAGGAGCUGCGUGCCAAAGCCAGGGAAGGCGGUCAGCGCCCGGAUGUUCUCCUGGGAGUCAAUUGUCUGUUUGGGGAUGACCUGCGCGGUGACAAGCGUUUCGUCCGCGAGCUCACGACUGCUCUCGAGAGCUUGUACCAUGUGGGUGCGAUGAAGACGCUGGAGAAUUACGUUCAGGUUUGUUGAUAAAAGCGAGGGGGAUAAAAGGCGUUGUUUGCUUGGGAUGGCUUUGUUUGGUUUCUUCUUCGGCAUGGUGUAAACUCUUUUGUAACAAUUCACUGGGGGCGGGGCGAUGGGCGUCUUGAUUUUUUUAAUUAGCAUCUGUAUGACACAGUUUAAUACACUGAGCUGUUUG